CCGGUUCCAGACACAGAAUCCCAGCGCGGGGAGACAGCAGAGCAGGAUGGCCUCCGUCGUUUGGUACGUUUGCCUCGCGGGGCUGUUGGUCGCGGUUAGCGGGCAGAUCGUUGACGACUGCGUGUUGGUUGGAGGCGAGAAGAAAUCUGACGUGGACGUUGCCAUCCUGGCAAAGCUGGCGCCCCUGAAGAACAAAAGGUUCGAGGCGAAGGUUGAGGAGGGCUCAGACACCUACGUCUACACGUUUGUGGUGUGCGGCCGAGUCAUCACCAACAACACCAGCACAAACGAGGGGCUUCUGCAAACAAAAGUCAACUCCAAAGAUUCAUCUGUGAUCGGCCGCAUCAACGAGACCCACGUCAUCAGCGGAUCUGAUUGGAUAUUACUGUCCUACAGAGGCGGGGAUAAGUAUGACAGCCAUUGCGGCAGCGAACCCAGAACCGCCAUGAUUAUGAUAUCCUGCACCAAGAACACGUUAGCGGACGGAUUCAUGGUGAUUAAAGAAGAGCGAAGCAAGUCCACCGAGUGCUUCUACCUGUUUGAGAUGGACAGCAGCGUGGCCUGCCCUCCCGAGGAGAGCCAUCUCAGCGCGGGAUCCAUUCUGCUCAUCGUGUUUGCCGUCUUGGUCGCGCUUUAUCUCAUCGGUGGUUUCGUCUACCAACGCUUUGUGGUCGGCGCCAAAGGAAUGGAGCAGUUUCCGAAUAUCACGUUUUGGCAGGAAUUUGGAAAUUUGGUGGCGGACGGUUGCGACUUUGUGUGCCGUUCGCGUCCUCGGUCGGCUGACACGGCGUACCGAGGCGUCGGGGAUGAUCAGCUGGCAGAGGAGCCAGAAGAAAGGGACGACCACCUUUUACCGAUGUGAUGGAGUCCAAGCUCUAGGUCACCCCCUACAACCUUAGCAAAUGGGAGAAGCGCGCCUCCCCUGCCCCCGCUCCCCAGCUAUCCAUCCUCUCCCUGUGGCUUUGUAUCUCCUUUCCUGAUGCUUCUCCGCAGAGCCACGGGCCCCUGCCUCCCGCUCUUCCCGCUGGCAUGAGUCGGCUCCGGUGCAUCUGUGGCCCCCAUGAGCGUCGGUAACUCCUGGACCAGGCGCCUGGCGCUGUGAUCCGAUGUGAAGGAGAAGCAGGUGCUUUGCGCUGUUUGUAGGCCUCGUUCGCUCUGAGCGACUCUCGCCUGGAGACGGAUUUUGGGCAGGAGUUAUUGCCCCGCUGGUGUAACGGCAACCCCUAACCC